ACCUCCCUACAACCCAUUGUUUCUCUAAAAUCUCUCCAUUCAAUCAAACCCUAAAAAGAGAAAAAGAAAAAAAAACAGGGAAAUGGAUUCGGGAUUGUCGUGGGCAGAUCAAUGGGAUUACACCAAUCCCGACCCGCCUCCUCGUUCGUCGGAGGAGGACGAGAAAAAGAAGAAGAAAGACGGGAGCAAGAGCAAGCUCGGUAAGACCAUACUCGGCUUCAAAUGGAUGAAGGAGCUCCGCAAAAAAUCUGAUAAAUGAUCAUAGUUGUUAUCACAUUCAUUCAUCCUUUUCCAUAAGUUGUUUUUUUUUUUGUUUCCAUUUCGUUUGGUUCUGUUCGUUGUGGCUAUAAGUUUUCGUUCAUGCAUUUUCUUUAAUCGAUGAUCCUUGUUAUCGUUGUUAUCGUGAUUGAGAAGACAUAACAAUAUAGAUUGUAACCAACAGAUUGUGGGCGAGUGGUCAAGCUUAAGGUCGGAGCUAAUUCCACCUUGAGGUUGAGUGUUCGAUUCCUAACUGGUGGGGAGGGAGGUAAUUUCUGGAUUUAUAUGAUCUAUAUACAAAGGCUGCUCCCGAGCCGGAGGUUUAUCUAGUCAACGCGCCCGAAGGGUAGCAUGUAAGAUCCUCCGUUAUAAAAAAAAAACAAUGUAGAUUGUCCGAAAGGGAAAAAAAACGUAUACAUCUUUUAUA